CUGUACAGCAGAGCGACAUCCACUUACCCACCUUUUUUACUAUUCGAUUUAUAGAAAACAGUCGUGUAGUGCUAGAGGAAUUUCAGUGCACUUUUUAGUCAAAUCGAAAACUUUAUCAGUAACCUAUCUUGACAGUUGACACGUGAAGAGGACCGGUCUUUUAGUAAAAUAUGAUUUCGUAGGAACUUUAAACUUUAAACUUGAAAUAUUUUGUCGUCUUUUCGCUUGUAUCAUAGAACAAUGCUUGUAUCGAUUUUAUAAAAAAUUAACUGAACCUAACCUGAGAAAUUCCCAUUUAUUUACUUUAUGUUUAUGCGUUGUCCGUUGGUCACACUGUUUGUUAAAAGAUUUCGAAGUUUGCUAUCAAAUCUAUGCCGAGUAUUCCCCAUGGGAAAAGACUCUGAAGUCUGAAUUCCAAAAAACGCCAUUUCCUUUUUUGAAAUUUGUAAAGUGCUUAUUUUAACUUUCACUUACGUUUAUUUUUUUGAUGAUACUAUGGCAGAGCACAUGGGAUAUAACUGCAAUUACACUAGGUGUGCACUUAGUUUUUGUAAAAACACUUACAAGAGAACUGCUGAAGAAGAUCAACUAUCGUUUUUCAGAUUUCCCGAGGAUCCAGUAAGAUGUGCUAUUUGGGUUGAGAACUGUGAUUCAAAAUAUUUGCCGAAUGUAGACUUUGAAAAUCUGAAUAAAAGAUAUAAAUUAUGUUCAGUGCAUUUUGAACACCGAAUGUUCAAUUUCCAAAAGAAUAGACUCUUAUCUAAUGCAGUUCCAACAUUAUUUAAAAAUAAACCCCCUGUAACAACAACAGUUACAUCGCAAAAUGUUUAUGAAACUAUUACAAUAGAUGAAGAUGUCCCACCAGGUAUCCCAGUUGAUGCUCGUACGUCUUGUUCAAAAUAUAGUGUAUCAGAUAAGCAUAUUAGCAAAAACUUGUUUGAUGUGCCAACAACUACUGGAAUUGUAAAAAAUUCAGUAAGUCUCCAAACUCCAAAUUACUUAUCAGCCAAAUCACCACGAAAACUUAAACUUAAGAAGCAACUAGCUGAAGAAGUCAAUUUAAAGAAGCAAUUAGAAAAAACUGUCAACGAAUUAAAAAAACAAUUAGAACAAACAAACUCUGAAGAUAAUUGUCUCAAAUUGUGUGAAAUGUAUUUACCCUCAACAAUGUAUAUGUUGGUAAAAAAUUAUUUGUCAAACAAAAAUAAAACACCAAAUGGUCAACGACAUCUCAAUGAAAUAACACAAUUCGCACAUACUGUUCAUCAUCUUGGGCCCAAAGCUUAUUAUUUCCUUCAAAAACAUUUUACCCUUCCUCAUAUGCGUACUUUAAGGAAAAAAACUGUUCAAAAUGUUGACAAAAAUAUUCAAAACAUAGUUCAAAAUGACCAUAGGUACAGUAAAAUUUAAUAGUAUUAGAAACUAAUAUUUUUACA